ACUGACUGGCAUCACUGCUGGGCACUGACUGGCGGCACUGACUGGCACAACCGCUGGGCACUGACUGGUGGCACUAACUGGCAGCACUGCUGGGCUGCACUGGUGGGUGGCACUGGUGGGCAGCACUGGUGGGUGGGCACAGGUGGGUGGCACAGGUGGGCACAGGUGGGUGGGCACAGGUGCGUGGCACUUCUGGGCACAGGUAGGUGGCACUUCUGGGCACAGGUGUGUGACACUGCAGAGUGGCACAGGUGGGUGCACUGCUGGGCACAGGUGGGUGCACUGCUUGGCACAGGUGGGUGAUCUGCUGGGCACAGGUGGGCGGAGCUAGUGGGCGCACUGCUGGGCACAGGUGGGCGGAACUUGUGGGUGGCACUGCUGGGCACCGAUCAUCAGGGCACUGAUCAUCAGUGCCCUGAUGAUCGGUGCCGAUCCUCGCUCUGACAACUGCCGGUUCUCGGCAGUACUUUCCUCACGAUCUGACAGCGUGAGGAAACGUGUCAUUGGACACCGCUGAUCAC